AAACCAACACAACACAAAAGAGCAAGCAAAAAGGCAGCGAACGCGCUCAGAAGAGAGUAAGGCAACAUAAGCAGAUGAAACGCCGCCAUUGGCCAAAACUUCAAUGGGAAACACGGCACAUGCGAAAACAACAACAAUGCGCGCGAUCCACAAAUCUGAUUGGUUGGGACAGAUAGGAAAUGUAAUGGUAGUAGUGAGUAUUGGACAAUGGCUUUAGUGAAACUGAGGGUUGUUGGCUUGGAGCUACAUAUAUUCAAAUUGCUGCUGGUGGUUGUAGUGAUGUACGGCUGGUUGUAGUGGUGUACUGGUGGUGGCGGUUCCGCUGGAGUGAAAUUACGGGCUAACAAAGCAAGGCGGUGCGCGCACAGCCAUUGAGCCAUGUGGUCGAACCGGUCGCACAGAACUCUCCAAUACGCCAUACGUAUACACAUGAGUAUGCAUGUACACACACACACACAUACACACGCGCGCGCAUUGAAUUUGUAUGAAUGAAAACGAGUUUGGCUUUGUGCCGCCAGCCAAGUCAGAGAGGUGUCAAUUUUAGUCUACAAUAAACGACGAGACGUGUUAGAUGUGUUGCUGGCGCGGUUUCGAGGAAAACGUGUGAGAAUUCGAAGAAUUGUGUAAGAAGACGCAUAAGAAGAAAGCAAAAAUAGUUUUUAUGCAAUUUGAAGAGAUUAAAAAAUAUAAUUGAAAAUUAAUAAAAGAAUAAUGCAAAGUGUGUUUUGGUAAACAAGAAAAUAGUGAAAAAUUAUAAAAUAUUGCGAACGACUAGUUACCGUUAAAAGCGCUAAGAAUGAACACCAGCAAAUGUUAGCAAGCGGUUUGGUUGCUUACCAGUACAAGCGUGUUGCACCAGCUUAGUGCAUAUAAAAAAAAGAAUAUUCUAAAAAAAAAAAACCAAAAAAUUUAUUAAAAAUAAAAAAAAACAAAAUAAAAAUUAUAAAUAACAACAAUUUAUUGAAUGAAAAUGGUAAAAGUCGCCGGCUUGCCACCGACGAAUGCGAUCAGUGAACACCAAGCGCUUGCUUUAAGCUACAGUCAACACCUACAACAACAACAACAACAGCAGCAGCAGAGUCAAAGCCAACACCUGCUAAAGCAGCAAAAUACCGUUAAUCAACAGCAACAGCAACAAUCAGCCACAACUAUUAGUGCGCAAACCGCUUACACGCUGGCCGAAUCCGCUUUGCAACACUCGCUGCUCUAUAAGAUGGCACGCACACCGCAUCUCAAGUCGAGCUUCUCGAUCAAUUCGAUCUUGCCCGAAACGCUGGAGGAUCACCAUCAACAACAACAACAACAACAUUCACCACAGCAAUCGCCACAGCAGCACACACUGCACCAACUACAGCAACAUCCAGCGCUGCAACAACAAUAUCCACUGCAUUUGCAACAACAUCAACAACACUAUCCACCGCCGCAUGAUAUCGACAAAUAUCGACGCAUGCCACCUAAUAGCUUUCUCCCCUGCCACUCACCACUGGGUUCGGAGGAGCAUGACGCCUCCGAUGUGGAGUCUGAUCUCGAUGUGACGAGCAUGUCGCCACCACCGCUGACGGAGGGUAGCGAGGUGAGCGCACACAGCGCAGAGAAUGGCAAACGAAAAUACCGACGCAACGGACGCAUUGGUGGCGGCGCUAGUGGACAUGCGGAUGAAAGCGCCGACAGCGAAUUGGAUGGCGCGGAGGAGGAUGUGGAGACUGAUGUGUGUGAAGGUGAGCUCGAUGGUGGCGUAGAGGAGGAAUGUGAAGAGGAGGAUGUUGACUGUGAUGCGGAGGGCGAAGGUGACGGUAAUGCAGAUGUUGAGGGCGGCGAUGCAGAGAAAUCUGCGGAUGGCAAACCGGCGAGCGAUAAGAAGGGUAACGAGAAGCCACCAUAUUCCUAUAACGCGCUCAUCAUGAUGGCCAUACGGCAGAGCUCGGAGAAGCGGCUAACGCUGAACGGCAUCUACGAAUAUAUCAUGACGAAUUUUCCCUACUAUCGCGACAAUAAACAGGGCUGGCAAAACUCGAUACGCCACAAUCUCAGCUUGAAUAAGUGUUUUGUGAAGGUGCCACGGCACUACGAUGAUCCCGGUAAAGGUAAUUAUUGGAUGUUGGAUCCGUCGGCAGAGGACGUCUUUAUUGGUGGUUCAACGGGAAAAUUGCGACGCCGCACGACAGCUGCAUCACGUUCCCGACUCGCCGCCUUCAAACGUUCGCUCAUCGGUCCCAUGUUUCCCGGCUUGGGUUAUGCGCAAUUCGGACAGUUUUUGUAUCCACAACAAGCCGCCGCCACUGCGGCUGCACCCAGCCUACUCGCCAGCAUGUACGGACGUUACCAUCCGUUUGUGCCGAAAAGUCCAGCGGCUGCAGCAGCAAUGUCGAUGCAAUUCGGUGGCGGCGGCGCACCCAACUCACCCGCUUCCGUUAUGGCCAACUACAGCAGCGGCAUGGAACGUCUGUUGGGCGCUAUGCCACAUCAGAGUCAUCCAGCUGCCGCAGCAGCAGCUACCAGUGAACUGUACCAGCGUCUACAAUACCAGCAAUUGUUGCAACAACAUGCUGCCGCCGCGGCAAUCGCUGCACAUCAACGUCAUCAACAACAUUUGGCGGCUGGCGGGCCGGCGCCACCGCCUCUCCAUGCGCAACAUUCGCCACAUGCCACACAGCAUAUGCAACAUUUAUCAGCGGUGUCGCCACAUCAGCAACAAUUGCAACUUGGCGCACAUAUGAUCGCGCAACCUGCCUCACCCGGCCAACCGUUGUCGCCGUCGGCCAGCGCAUUAGGUGCGCCACCAGCAGCCGGCACAGCGGCGUUAUCACCCAUACUCAAGCCGGUGACGGUGGUGGCGCGCAGCGACAGCUGAGUGAACGCACCUUAUGCAGCAACCGAGGAGGCUGUAUGUAUAUAGUUAUAGUAUAUAGCAGUAUAUAUGUAUCAUAUAUAGUUAUUAACAACUCUUAGUUAAUUAAAUGUAAGCAAAUUUGUAAACUACGCUUAUGACUUGUAGCAAACGGCUCGUCGUUCGGUGUUCUUGAGUUAUGCUCUUUUCACCAAAUGUUGCCGUUGCGCCUGCUCUGUGAAGGCUUUGAUUGUAAAUUUAGUAAAUUCAAAUUGGUAUUAUAAUAAAUGGCCGCAUUUAUUGACUACAAAGCAAAUUCAUGUCGUUAAAAAAUGUGUAAAAAAAUAAAAUUUUGAAAAAAUAAUAUUUGAAAAAUCAAAAUUUUAAAAAUUAAAAUUUAAAAAAUUAAAUAAUUGAAAAAAUUUAAAUUUAGCAUUACAAACAAUUACUAAAAAAUUGCUUAAAGCAAUUAGUGCAUUGCUUUUGAGUAUUUACCUUAACGCGAUUUAUGUUUGAGUAUGUAUGUGUAUGUAUUUAGAAAUAUAAAUAAAAAAUGUUAGCUAGUAAAACGAAAUUGAAAAAUCAAAACAAAAACAAAAAACACGAA